AUGCGUGCUGUUAUUCCACCUUCACCACAUCAAGUUUGCACCAUUUGUUCUGACCCAACUCAUCCAAUGGAACUUUGUCCAUCUACUACGCAAGGUUUUGAGCAAGUUCACCAAGUAAAUUCGUUUCAACGACCUCGGAAUGAUCCAUAUUCGAACACCUAUAAUCCAAGGUGGCGUAACCACUCAAAUUUCUCAUGGAGCAACCAGCAACAACAAGCUAGUUCUAGCCAUCCCUUCCAGCAGCAAAUGCAGCCCUCAAGUGAGCCUAAGAAACCUACGUUGGAGGACUUAAUUGCUCAGUUUGUACAGACUUCUCAACAAAAUUAG